AUGAGCAACCGUCGGGUGCCACUCGGAAACAUUCAGAACGCCACGAAUUCGCCGCUACGCGUCGCUGCUGUCGGUGGUAAGAGACAACGUUCUCAUGCCAGCGAACAGCGUGACCUACCAUAUGGACAGCCUCCCCCAAAGAAGCAGAUAGUAGAGGUGGAUGAUGCAGAGGCACGUCGUUAUGGAGGUCUUACUAGGCGGAGUGGGGCGCCUCCAACGGCGUUUCAAAAGAAGCUCGAAGCUGUUCGCGAAGUGAAAGCAGUGCCAAAGCAGUCAGAGAGAUCCACUAAGGGUGCACAAGAGAACCUUGAGACCAUCAGGCAAUGGCAAAGACAUUACCGAAAGAUGUUUCCACAGUUUGUUUUCUACUUUGAAAGUAUCCCGGACGAUGUGCGCAGCAAGGUGUUGAAACAGGCACAAAUGCUUGGAGCUCGAGAAGUGAAAUUCUUCUCUCGUGAGGCUACUCACGUCAUCACCACGCGACCCAUUCCUGCCGAGCAUGACACAAAUACAAAUGUUACGGCGAAGGGUACUAUAAAUCCGGCCCAGUUGGAGACGAAGAAAUCCGUCUUCGACACUGCGCUACAGAAGUCUAAUGGAGACAUAUUGUUCAAGGCAAGGGAGAUGGGGUUGAAGAUAUGGUCGGCGGAAAAGCUCCAGCGCAUGUUGAACACAAUGUUCAACACGGACACCGGCGAACAACCACCGGACUACACUUCCCGUCACGGAACAACCACUUCACAGGCAAAGGCCGGACGUCAGGCAGAUUUGCAAAAACUUCUCCAGAACGAAAAGCUGAAUGGCCCUCUGGAUCGCGACUACUCAGCCAGUGCACAUGAUAUGAUCCAGCUCCGUGGAUACUACAUCUAUAUUCACGAUAUGGAUGAGCUAACGAGACCGGUUAUGAUCCGAGAGUACUCGAAGGUUGCGAAAAAAGAGGAGGGCAAAUGGCCACAGUUUAGGCUGUCCGGACAUGGCAAAUGUCCAUUCGUGGAGGAUCCCCAUCACGCUCGCAGGCAGCACCAGGAACAGGACGAUUAUAAGACGAAAGCUGCAAAGGCCGCUGCUCCACGUACGCGUGCCGCUGCUGCUUUGGCUGAGAAACGCGCGUUGGUGGAGAACAAUAACAUUGCCAGACGCCCAAGCGCCGGCGAGCAAGACUCGAAGCAAGACGAUGCCAAACCCCUAGAUCCACCAAAGAUGGUACCCAGCAAGAACACAGACAGCAUGCCCCCGAUGUUUGGAAGUGCACAGGCGAACAUUCGCGCCAUGCCUAGGAUCGCUGGCGGUGAACCUGUUGCAUCAGGCAUUCAACCAUCUAAUAUCACUUCUGCCAUCCGAUCUCAGAUGAUUUCCUCCACCGCCGCUGCCCCCGGUGCGAGAGCAGGAAACAGCAAGGAGGUCAACCAAUUGAAGCGCAAGGUUUUGGAAAAGAACAGUGUUCCCUCCGCAAAUAGCUGCCAGUCCUCCGCAAUGAACGACGUGCGCGCUGCUCUGAAUCAAGAGAACGCCCAGCCCGUAAGAGCCGCCAAGCGAAAGGCACAGGACGCUCUUGGGUUCAUACACGAAGAUGCAACUCCCUCAGAUGAAGAGAGACAGACGCGGAAAGCUGCAGCUGUUCGUCGUCGCAAGGUUUCCGAAAAGGAACUCAAGCCGGGUUAUUGCGAGAAUUGCAGAGAGAAGUUUAAUGACUUCGACGAGCAUGUUGUAUCUCGCAAACACCGCAAAUUCGCUCUUACCCAGGAUAACUGGAAAGAGCUCGAUAAACUCCUGGCAUGCCUUGUACGCCAAUAG